UCUCUUUACAUCCGCGCGCGGAAUUAAGCGCGUACAAAAUAUGUGACAUUGUGUUUAAAAAUAUUGCGUCAAGAAAAAUGUAUUCACAAAGUGAAACAGUGCUCCUCACAGUUUUCAUGCUUUUUAUUUUGGAAUACUCGGCAGUAUCAAGUUUGCAGAAACCUCAAAUUAUCCUGAAUAAGACUGAAGAUAUCGUAAAAGCGAACAGGAAUUACUCUGUACUUUGUCAAGGUGAAAAACCACUUCAAUGGACUACGCCCCAUAUUGAGCACGGUUCUCACAAAUCAUGGACUACAUUCGAAACGAAAGAAGAAACCCCGACAGAUGCACUUCACAAGUUUGGUCUUCGACUAUAUAUCACAAAUAUGACGUACAAAUUUGUAGGAUUUUAUUACUGUCACUAUAAAGAGAAUCAAAAUAAGAAAGCGAAGAUUUAUCUUUAUGUAGAAGAUGAUCUUCAUCUCUCUGUUACUAGUCCGGAAGUUGUUCAACAAGUAUACAUUCAACAGUACACUACAGCCGUCAUACCUUGCAGACCAACGUCACCCAAUGUGAAAGUUGGACUUGCAUACUCUGACGGUACCCUGGUUGAAAAUGCUACUUACGAUAGGAAAAUUGGAUUUUCUUUCUACGUAUCGGACUUAAGUGUGCAGGAUUUCUAUUCCUGCCAUUUCUCAAGACAUUCAAAGGAGUUCGACUUGUACUUCCAAUUGAUUGUGGAACCAGGUACGAACUCCGACUACAUAUCGCAACCAGAGAUCAUUGACGUCAAUAGAGGCCAUACAAUUUUUGGAGAAUUCAUCAAUUUGACCUGUCAACUUGAAUCAACUGUAUCUGUAGAUUUCACUUGGGAUAUACCAAACGGACGAGUCGAUAAAAGUCGAAUUCACAAAUCUCUGGGUUACAUCGAUGAAGGGAGUAUAAAAUAUUCCCAGUUGGAAAUAUUCAAUAUAACGUCUGCUGACGAAGGACUGUAUACUUGCCAUGUAUUUGAUCAUCAGAAUCACACUGCUAGUUCGAAACUGACCGUAAGGAUUUUUGAUAUUGGGGAUCAUGAAAUUUCCUUGCAGGAGCCUAAUGGGUCUAACUACCUUCAUGUAUAUGCUGGACAAGAAUCUGUUGUGUGGACAGUACACGUAUGGGGACAUCCUGAGCCGAUCUAUAAAUGGAUCACCAAUCAGAAUAAGGAAGUAUUUCCGGAUAACGAAGCCCAUACUAACAAUAACGAAAAAUAUUCAUUUUCGUUGAAUAGAAAUACCAAUAUGUCUACUUUCAUUAUUCAUAACGUUAACAUCACUGACUUUGGACCCUACCAAUUGGUAGCUAGUAACGAAUACGAUAACGACUCAUUAGAAUUCUUUCUAAAUGUUACAGAUAAACCACGUGUUACCCUUGAGAUAGAUAAACCGUUUCAUUACCCAAAUGAACCCGGAAAAGUAUUGUGUAUAGCCACAGGGAACCCCCUACCAAUAAUACACUGGGAAUUCAAACCUUGUGGGAAUGCAGAGUGUCAGUUUAAAGAGAUGCAAGGAGUGUUACUGAAUUCGCGAGAAGUGACAUCAAUAUCACAACAUACGGUAACCUCAAACGAACUAAUCAGUUUUGUGCGUUGUACUGCCACCAACUCCAUUGGUUCAGAUGUUAGAUCCCUUGAAUUUCUAGUUUCAGAAUUCGAGAACGGUUUCGAUAUAACAGAUUUUGAAGACACCGUCGUUUUGGACAAAGACAGAAGCACUGCAACUUUUGCUGUUGGAGAAACCAUUCAUAUUCUGUGUGGGGCGUCCAAAUACGAAUACACCAAUGUGACUUGGUUGUCUGAAGGUAGAGAAUUAGGAAAUAGUGACCGGAUCACAAUUACUCGAAAUACAACAGAAUUUUCGAAUGGAGCAUUUUUGGAGAUAAAACUUGCUAAUCCUUCUGAUAACGGUAUUUACGAGUGCAGAGUGAAGACUGCAGGAAGCUCACAAUCUAAAGAAAUAACAAUUUUUGUGGAAGAGCCUACUGAACCAAUUAUAGCAGACCCGAAAAACAAAGUGAUAGAAACAAACUUUCCGAAAGAUUUAGAAUUGUCCUGUGAAGUAUAUGGAAUUCCGAAGCCUAAACUUACAUGGUACAAGAAUGGAAUAAUAUUCAAGCCCAAUGAAUCAAGGAUUAUCAUAGAUGAGGAAAGUCAAGUACUAAGAUUCAAUAUUACGAAAGAAGAUGAUGCAGCCGAAUACAAAUGCAGAGCAGAAAAUAAAAAAGGGGUGGCUUCCAAGCAGUGGUCUCUCCGCUUCAAAAAUGCACAAAAAACACCAGUUUGGCUGUACGUGAUUAUCGUCAUUCUCGCCAUUUCAUUUAUAGUUGCAGUGGUCUUCAUGUUGAUCAAAAUACAAAAAGAAAGGAAAUAUCGAAGAAUGCUCAAAAAUCUUGGACUUUUGAACUUCGAAAAAGGUGCAAUCGAAAAUCUAAAUCCAGAUUUGGGAAUUGAUGAACAAGCUGAACUGUUACCGUAUGAUAAGGAAUGGGAAUUUCCCAUUGAACAAUUGAAACUAGGUAAACAACUAGGAUCAGGAGCGUUUGGUGUUGUGAUGAAAGGCGAAGCUAAAAAUAUAAUCCAGGGAGAACCUGUUACUGUUGUUGCAGUGAAGAUGGUCCGAAAAAAUGCUGAACGUGGACAUAUCAAGGCUCUAGCAUCCGAAUUAAAAAUAAUGGCGCAUUUGGGAAAGCAUUUGAAUGUUGUCAAUCUUCUAGGUGCUUGUACUAAAGAUGUCACGAAAGAACAACUAUUGGUUAUCGUGGAAUACUGCCGAUAUGGUAAUUUACUUAAUUAUCUUCUUAGACAUCGGGGUCAUUUCGUAAACCAGGUUGAUCCUCACACCAAGAAGGUUAACUAUGAUAUUGGACAAGAAAUACUGGACAGAACAUACUCCUUUUCGAAUAAUAGAAGUGACUGCCGCUCUCCUUCCAUGAAGUAUGCUGCAGUGAUGUUUGCCAACAGUAACAACAGUCCGCCAGUUUCGGACAAUAUGACUGAUUAUAGAGCGGGUGCUAAUACUGAUGGAACAACGAAAUCAGAUUUGACUUCCAUGACCCAAGUGAGUGAAGAGGGACUCAUAUCGAGCAAUAAUAGCGCUCAACCAGACUGGCGAUCAAAUUACAUUGGGGACUAUAAAGAAAAUGAAAGACUCAUCUGCACUCAAGAUCUCAUUGCUUGGUCUUUUCAAGUUGCCAGAGGAAUGGAUUAUUUGGCAUCAAGAAAGGUGCUCCAUGGGGACUUAGCUGCUAGAAAUAUUCUUCUUGCUGACAACAAUGUUGUGAAAAUAUGUGAUUUCGGUUUGGCCAGAAGUACAUAUAAAAACGACGUUUACGUAAAAAGUAGUAAAUGUCCUCUACCCAUCAAGUGGAUGGCUAUUGAAUCGCUCAGGGACCAUAUAUUUUCCACGCAGUCCGAUGUUUGGUCUUUUGGCAUUGUUCUCUGGGAGUUUUUCUCUCUCGGCAGGACACCCUAUUCAGGAAUAGAUGCAGAAAUACUGUACCCAAAGUUAUUGGAUGGAUACAGAAUGGAAUGUCCAGAAUUUGCACCAGUCGAUAUUUACCAGAUUAUGAAAGAAUGUUGGGCAGCAAAUCCUUUGGUACGACCUUCAUUUUCAAAAUUAUCUGACCGCUUAGGAGCAAUUCUUGAAGAAACAAUGAGAAAGCACUACAUAGAUUUGAACGAUCCAUACUUAGCAAUGAAUACCAAACGCAUUGAAGAGGGGCAAAAUGAUUAUUUGGCCAUGUUGAGUCCGCCAACUUUUGAAGCUUUAUCAAGUCCUUUAUGUGUAGAUGAUAAAGGACUGAAUCAAUCAGCUGAUGAAGGAUAUAUGAGUAUGAAACCGUGUGCAAUUUUCAGCCCAAGAACAGCAGAAGGACAAGUGUUCGAUUUCAACAUUCAUAACCGAAAACAUUCGAACUCAGACGAAGCCAACGGGCACGAAUUGCUUCCUAUGUUGCGUGCUCCUACAGAUUCAGACUGUGAAACACCUCUUCAAAGUCCCAACAGUGUAUCAAAUCCCACUUACCAUCACAUGCCUCCUACAAUAUUUGAAGAGACUACGAAUCAAAAUGGAGAUGUGACCAAACCGACUGGUAACUACGUCAAUAUGCCCCAAAGCAAAUCUGUGUUAAACGAAAAGUGCACCGCGAAUCCUAUGAAAAACGAACCUCCAUAUGUGAACGUUUAAAUGGAAAGUUGUGAGAGUAUUGGUAUCAAAUGCAAUGAUUAACAAAAAUGGAAAAUAUAUUAUAGAAUCACAAAUCGUGAUUAUCAACCUGAUCGAAGACAAUACAAUGACGCGACCAACUUUUUUUACGAAAAUCCUGAGUAUUUCAGGUUGAGUGUGAGUUAGUACAAUCACAAAAUAUUGAAUUAUGUACCUGAUGUGAUCAAAUCAACUAAUAAGAAAAUAUAUGUCUAUGGAAAUGUUAUUCCGGCAGAAUUUACAAUUUUUGUGGAAAUCUGAAAAUGUUGUGGUCAAUUUGUGUAAUAACUAUGUAUCUACUUAUUAAACGUUGGCCAUAGAUGAAUAUGAAAAUUGAUGUUUUGAAAUCCUGGGAGUCUUAUCGAAAAUAGUGUAUAUUGACAUAUAAUUUCGCAUGCUUUCAGUGUCGAAUGAAACAGUAUUACCUUUAUAACCUCAUUUUUUUGGUGUUAUUCUCUAAAAAAAAUGUAUGCGUACCGUACCGAUAAUGUUAAUGUGAAAUAAAUGUGAGAACAAGGAAAUAGGUAUCUAAGUUACAGGACACGGAAACCAUUAAACUAAGGCUCCGUUACCCCAAAUAAAAUCAAAAUCAAAAUCAAAA